GCCGUCCACAGGCCUCGCACCACCCCCGAUCACGCGUCGACGAAACACAUCACGUCCCAUUCUCCACACUGGAAUGCGGGAUAGCUGGGGUCGUUCCACCUUGAGGCGAUCGCCAUGACCACCCUCCAAACAAGGGCCAGAGGAAUCUCCUUUUGUGCGUGGUCCUCCGUCCCAUUGGACGUCGUGCCUCACUAACGCAGAGGCGGGGGCCUCGAUAUUGUUGACCUUUGCAACGCCGUGCAAGGUGACCUGGGCCUUCAUCUCGUUGACCCUUCCAUCGCUACGCUAGAACUCCCCCAGACGAACAGGCCCUGCGCUGAUGAUCGUGCACAUUCGGAUGCACUAGCUUACCUCGCCUGUAGCUUGGAGCUGGAGCUUUGAUGAAUCAAAUUGGUUUGCCUUGACCCGACCAUUGCUCGCUCCUCCAGCACUAUAUAUGAGACCUACCCCAACCGUGACCCGCUCUCUCCUUUCUGCUGUCCACCUCCCGAGUCUGUUCUUGUUCCCCACCGGGUACCCAAGACCCACCGUGCACGCUUCAACUCGUUCUUCAGGCACAAAGUCUACAUAAGGUACACGCCAUGGCGACAGACGUAUGUUGUGAUCCUCUCUCCCCACCCGCUCACCCAAGACAUCUGGUCUCGAACGGGGUAUUAACACAACCUCCCAGGAUUCUCACAACGCGACAAUGGCAGCCAAGGAAGGCCUGACCGAUGGCCACAGCACCGGACUAGCUACGCAAGACCACGCUGCCAAACAGCGGGGGACUGGAUGGGGCCCAGCAGGCGGCAACCCGCUUGCCCACGUCGCCACCAACGACAGCAGCUUGCGUCUCGCAGCCUUUGGCGGCGAGUUCCAGCCAGGUCUGUACCGUGCGCCAAAGAGGAACUUUGCCAACCCUGCCCCUCUGGGCCUGUCGGCCUUUGCGCUCACCACCUUUGUGCUGUCCUUGAUCAACAUGCGGACCAAGAACGUGGCUGAGCCAAACCUGGUCGUCGCCGCGGCCUACGGCUACGGCGGUCUGGUCCAGCUUCUUGCGGGAAUGUGGGAGAUGGCCGUCGGCAACACUUUCGGUGCCACCGCGCUGUCCUCGUACGGUGGAUUCUGGAUUUCCUUCGCCCUCAUCCUCACCCCUGGCGGGUUCGAAAUCAUCGAGGCUCUUGGUGGGGCCACGAGCGAUGAGUUCCUGUACUCGUUUGGCUUCUUCUUGAUGGGCUGGUUCAUCUUCACGUUCAUUCUGCUGAUGUGCACCCUUCGCUCGACCGUCGCCUUCUUCCUGCUCUUCUUCACCCUGGACUUGGCGUUCCUUAUGCUGGGCAUUGGCUACCUGACUCCUCAAAAUGGCGCUCCACGCAUCGGCUGCAUCAAGGCCGGUGGUGCGUUUGGAAUCCUCGCUGCCUUUUUGGCUUGGUACAACGCCUUCGCCGGUAUCGCCGAUUCUAGCAACAGCUUCUUCGUCGUGCCCGUGGCACACUUCCCGUGGUCCGAGAAGGGACGUGAGCGACGAAACAAGGUCAACAACGACGCCGCGCGCGCCGAGCAGAUUGCGUGAAGCGCCAGGUGCUUAAUGUCUAAUUUUGCGGUGGGAAAGUCUUUUGUUCUGUUCAAAAAAUAAUACCAAACUGUUUGUGCGCAAAAAUAUCCUAGACCUGCUUAAACGCAAGGCAAGUUUUUUAAUUCUAGCAACCAAAGCCAUUGUCUUUUUUGUCUUGCCCAACA